CCGGUUCCCGUCCCGUUUCGGCGGGGAGUCUAUGUUGCAAGCUAGUUCUUGCUUUACCAGACUUUAAGCCCACACAAGCACAAGCAAGCCAAGUGCAGCCAGACUGAAGGCGACGUAGACCCAACUUGAUAAUCGCGCGGCGCCCACCCGUCGGCUCUCGCGCUGCGCAUUCAAGCGAAUGCACUGAGUCACACAGCCCCUGCGCGCUUGGGGUAAACUAGCUCUCACUUCCGACAGGCAAUGCUGCGGGUUGCGGCCCGGCAGCUCGCAGUAGCUCGCCCAGCCACCUCUCUCGCACGCCCGCGCUCAUCCCGUCGCCAGGCCUGCUCCGCGACCAUGAUGGUGUCUCCGCCGGAGCUGGCGGCGCGGCGUGCGGGCAUCAGCCUGCACGAGGCCUUUGCGGUGGACCAGGUCAACUUGGUGGAGCGGCUGGGGCAGGAGGUCUUCCUCUCGCUGUCCCGAGAGUUCUACGACAGAGUCUAUGCAGACCCAGACCCAUCUUUUCACGCCGUGUUUGCGCACUCCCCCAAGGAGACCGCCAUACGCAACAACUUCGAGUUUCUUGUGCAGCGCUUUGGGGGCCCGCCGCUCUACUCGCAGCGGAAGGGCCACCCCGCCCUCCCUCGGCGCCAUGCCCCACACGACUGCUCCGAGGCGACGGCGGAGCGCUGGAUGAUGCACAUGGAUGCAGCGCUGGCGGCGGUACCAGAGGUGGAUGCCGACUCCCGCCAGCGGCUGCACGCCUACUUCAGGCACACAUGCUUCUUCCUGGUGGUGGCGCAGGAGAUGCGGCAGAGCAUGGAGCGCAGCGCUGCGGCCCAGCAGCAGCGCGCGGCUGCCGCAGCAGCACCGGCUGCCCCAGCCGCAGCGGCCGCCGCGGCGGCAGGGCCGGGGCAGCAGCAGCGGCAGCAGGUGGUGCCGUCUGGCUGCCCGAUGCAUGCCCAGGCUGCGCCGCCGGCUGCCGGCCAGGCCUGA